CAUGUUAUUGCAGUUCUGUGAACAUAUUCUUCACCUUGUUCUGUUGUCUGGUGUUUUAGUUUUUGAACAAGAAUGAUAUGUUUCUACGAGGCAUGAGCCGCGCGUGUAGAGAGGUUGGUCAUAUGUUUGGAAAAAAUAACACAGACGUGCGACAAAAUGCGAGCCUCAGUGCUUCAUCUGUUACCUGACAGCUACGCCUCCUCCAGCUUUCUCUUUACCCAACAUAUAACACGGCGCGUGACCUCUCAUCAAAAGCCCCAAACUACCCUCAAACUCUCUCUCUCUCUCUCUUUUUCUUUUUUGUUUUUAAAGAAUCAUCCUUCGUCUCUGUUUUUUUUUCUAUCUAUCUUGAAAAUUCUCUUUUGUUUCUUUUCUUCUCCUCUGUUUUUGGAAACAUUUCGGUGACAGAGGAACAUGGAGACGAUAACAGAGUAUCUGGAGAGAUCGAUGCAGAAUUGUUCGCUGAGUAAUCAGAGAAGAAGUAUCGGAGAUGGGUUUGGUAUGACGGACGAACAUAUCCCCAUCUCAGAUAGAUUCUUGGACCUCAAUUCUCACUUCUCUGUUCCUUCUCAUUUGGAACAGUGUCUUGAUCUCAAGACAGGAGAGGUUUACUACAGAAACUGGAAUGAUGGAAUGAGAGUGAAGGAAGAAGAUUCUAGGAAAUUGGCGAGCAGCAACAAUGUAGAUCAGUCCAGUGGAGAAUCGUAUGGAACUGUGUUUUCAUCAGAAGAAGGUAGCUCGUAUUAUGAAAGCCAAGAGUCUUCAUCGGAGUCGUCUCCUUCAUCGAGAAAAUAUCGAAAAGACGAUGAAGAAGAAGAAGAAGAUGUUCUUGUGGUAGCUGGUUGCAAAGCUUGUUUCAUGUAUUACAUGGUACCUAAACUCUCAAAGGAUUGCCCCAAAUGUGCAACUCAGCUUCUCCACUUUGAUCAACCUGAUCACUCUUCUUCUCAUUGAACCUCUCUCUUAUCAUUCUCGUUUUCAUUUUCAUUUCUUCGUCUUCUCAUUUUUUUUUUUUCAUAUAAACGGGUGGUCGUGUUGUGUGUGAGUGGACAUUAAUACGAGUUGUAACUUUUUAAA